GAUUCUGUUUCCUGGUCGUUGUCGGCAACAGCCAAACAAUGCUCAAACCUCACGCCUUUCACGGUUUUCGAUAUUUUUUGCUGUUUGAGGGAAAGUUGCCGUCGAUUUGCACUAGACACUUCAAGGCCUGCCGCUGUGAUAGAGAUGGGCUCGCGUACGUUGACUCGCCCGCGUUGAACGAUGCGUCAUUCCACAAUUCGUUGGGAAGGCCCCAAAGCUGCCCAGGUGCAGCUUUACCAGAACCUACAACACACCCCGUCCCAUUCCUACGGAAUACUAGUUUAACACCAUGAAGCACGGCAUCUGGUCCGAGGACGAGCACGACCGCUUCCUGCUCGCCAUCAAGGAGUACCCGCGCGGCCCGUGGGGCUCCAUCGCCUCGGCCGUCGGCACGCGCUCCGUCCGACAGGUGCAGACCCACACGCAAAAGUACUACGAGAAGAUUAUGCGCCGCGUGCGCGGCCUGCGCAAGGACCGCAAGACGUGGGCGCGCGUCGAGCACCGCAUCGACGACGACAUCCUCCAGUUCUGCAACUUCAUGAAGAGCAUGGGCAGCAACAAGGUCAUGGUCACGUCCCCCAGCGCGCUCAAGAUCAAUGCGCAGGUGGCGCAAGCCGUGUCCCCGCCGUCCAGCGCCAGCUCCAGCCCGUGCACCAGCCCCGUGCAGUUCCGCCUCAGCCUCGGCGACAAGUGCCCCGAGCCCGAAGAGGAGCUGGACGCAGCAGCAGAUCACCGGUCUCUGACCAUCGACACAUCAGCGCCACAGCUGGACCUGCCGCCUCUGGAGGAGGCGCUCGACUUCCUGAUCACAGUAAUGAUGGACAAGUGA